AUGACUGUAGACACAGCUAACCAUCAAAUCCAGUCCAAUGGAUCUCAGCCUCUAGACAAAAUCUUCUCUGAAAAUGUGCUGGCCAAGGUCCUCCGCGUGGCCGUCGAGGCAUUAAAAAAUAAUGACCCUCCGACCGAGUACCCGGAAUUCGUCCCUCAAAAAGGCGCCUCGACAGGCAGCUACAUCCUCCGCGAAUCCUCCUUCUGGACCUGCGGCUUCUUCCCGGGGCUGUUGUAUCUCCUCCUCGAACGAGCAAUCCGAUACCCCUCGACCUUUCCAUACCUCGGACACAACCACAACCUCGAUCCAGCCAGCCUGCGAGACCACCUCCUCACCCUCUGCACCAAAUGGACCACCCCCAUCUACCCCAUGUCCCUCCGAACAGACACCCACGACCUAGGCUUCAUCCUUGCCCCCUCCCUCCGCCGCUCCUGGGAACUCACCUCCAACACGGCCAGUCUCCAGGCCCUGCUAACCGGCGCCCAAAGCCUGGCCUCGCGCUUCGUCCCCUCCACCGGCGCAAUCCGCAGCUGGGACGCCCUUCGCCAGUCCGACGUGGAAAUCACUUCCCUAGAGACUGACUGCCUCGUCAUCAUCGACAGCAUGAUGAACCUCGAUCUUCUCUUCUACGCUGCUGCGCAUCUCGGCCCGGAGCUCGCGGCUAUCGCGACCACGCACGCGAAAACGCUCAUUAACUCCCAUCUCCGACGGGAAAGUAUAGCAGGGAAAGAGGCCUACUCCACCAUCCACGUCGUCAACUUCGACCCUGCCACGGGGGCAAUCAAAGAGCGCCGUACCGCACAGGGGUACUCUGCUACCUCAACGUGGGCGCGCGGGCAGGCGUGGGCGAUUACCGGGUAUGCGCAGACGUACGCCUGGACGAAGGACAGGCAGUUCCUCCACGUCGCCGUUGGGUUGGCUGAAUACUUCCUUGCAAGGCUGGAUGAGGCGCCGGCUUGUGUGGAGAAGAUGGUGGAUGGGAGGAUGGUGGGCAGGUAUGUGCCGCUGUGGGACUUUGAUGCGCCUGUCGACAAGGCGAAUCCGUUGCGGGAUUCCUCCGCUGGAGUGAUUGCCGCAAAUGGGAUGUUGUUGCUCUCGCAGGUGUUUGUUGGGGAUGACGAGGGGCUCGCGCGGCGGUUCAGAGAUGCGGCGAUGAGGAUCGUGAGUGAGACGGUGGAGUUUUCGUAUUCGAGGGAGGAGGCGAGGUUGGUCAAGGGAGGAAAGCAGGUGGAGGAUGUGUCUGGGGAGCGAUUUGAUGCGAUUCUGCGCAAUGCGACGGCGAACCACAAUGCAAAGGAUCUGGAUCGAUACAGUGACCAUGGGCUUGUGUAUGCGGAUUACUAUCUGCUGGAGUUUGGGAAUCAGUUGUUGAAGCUGGGAUUGAUAUAG